CGUGACGGAAGCAGAAAGCCCGCGGAGAGAUGGCGGCCGAAGGGGAUGUCGAGCUGGAGCUGGAAGCGGAGCCGAACGGCUCGGCGGGCGGCGGGGAUGGCGCGGGGGGCCGGCCGGCCGAGAAGCCUCGGAAGCACGACAGCGGCGCGGCUGACCUUGAGCGCGUCACGGACUACGCGGAGGAGAAGGAGAUCCAAAGCUCCAACCUGGAAACGGCCAUGUCAGUAAUAGGAGACCGAAGAUCCAGAGAGCAGAAAGCAAAACAGGAACGGGAAAAAGAACUGGCCAAAGUUACCAUCAAGAAGGAGGAUUUGGAGUUAAUUAUGAAUGAGAUGGAGAUCUCCAGGGCAGCUGCAGAGCGCAGCUUGAGGGAACACAUGGGUAAUGUGGUCGAAGCGCUGAUCACCCUCACCAACUGAAAGCUAUCAACUGGAUACACGUCUCUGGCCAAAGGGAGUAGAACAGCUUCACAUUUCCCUUCGUUGUUCAGAUUAUGGCCGCAUCUGACAUCUUAAAGCUGUUGGAAUAAAGAUGUCAUUUUUGAA